AUAAUGGACUUGGCAGGACGCCUCCUAUGGGAUGGAGUACUUGGAAUUAUUUUCAAUGUGGUGUUAAUGAAAACCUGCUUAAAGAGGCCGCCGAUGCUAUGGUUGAUUUAGGAUUCUUGAAAGCUGGCUAUAGAUAUUUAAAUCUUGAUGAUUGUUGGGAAGGAACCAGAGAUAAAAAUGGGUAUAUCAAUACCGAUCCAAAAACAUUUCCUGGCGGUAUUAAAGCCCUUUCGGAUUAUGCGCAUUCAAAAGGAUUAUUAUUUGGGAUUUAUAGUGAUGCUGGACGUUUGACUUGUGCUAAGCGCAUUGGAUCUCUUGGUUACGAGGAUAAGGAUGCACAAAGAUUUGCUGAAUGGGGGAUAGACUUUCUAAAAUAUGAUAAUUGUCACAAUGAUGGUUCACCAGAGAGAAUACGAUAUGAGAAAAUGGGAAGGGCACUUAAUGAGACUGGAAGGCCAAUUUUCUAUAGUAUAUGUGAAUGGGGGAAAAGCAAACCUUUUCUUUGGGCUAAACAAGUUGGCAAUAGCUGGAGGACGACUCUUGACAUUAGAGCAUCCUGGGCGUCUAUUACAUCAAUUAUACAAAGGCAACAAAUGAUUACUAAAUAUGCAGGACCAGGAGGCUGGAAUGAUCCUGAUAUGCUUCAAGUAGGUAAUGGUUAUCUUACUUUAGAUGAACAAAAAAGUCAUUUUGCUAUAUGGGCUGCUUUGAAAGCACCCUUAAUACUUGGAUUUGAUAUAAGAAAUCCACCUGCGGAUGCAAUGGAAUUGGUGUUAAAUGAGGAAAUAAUAGCUGUGAACCAAGAUCCUCUUGGAAUAUCCGUGUCCAUCGUUCAUCGUACACUUUUUUAUGAUAUCUGGACCGGACCACUAAGUGAUGGUUACGUUGCAGUUCUGUUUAAUCGUGGAGAAGUUCCACGAGUCAUUACAUUACAUUUUGCAUCUCAUUGUAAUCUUGAAGGUGAAAUUAUGGUUCGUGAUCUUUGGGAACGUGCUGAUAAAGGAGUUUUUAGAACAAGUCCCAAGACAUGGUGUAACGAUUUUAAAGCUUACAGGUGGCAUGCCAGUUAA